AUGAGUUCUGAUUCAUCGUCUCGUGCUCAGUCCGACGAGGAAAUAUCACAUUCUUCUUCCGAAGAAGAGGUACCUCCCGCUCCCACCGGAUGGGAUGUAGCGGGUUUCGCCAACAACCCAAUCAACAACUAUAUCUCCCGCCGCAUACAAAGCGAGAUCGCUCGAAUGCAGCAGCCACCCCCCCAACGGCCAAUCCGCCGGCGGCGCCGAUACAUCCCUCGCAACCACACUGGUGCGCACGAUCGGCUGUUCGCCGAUUAUUUCGCGGAGGAACCACGUUAUCCGGCAGAUGUAUUUCGUCGCCGGUUCGUAAUGCGCCGCUCCUCUUCCUGCGCAUUGUUAAUGCGUUGUCCGCGCGUUACCCCGAGUUCCGGCUCCAGCGAGACGCAGCGACGGGAAGCCCGGACUAUCGCCCCUACUGUAAAUGCACCGUUGCCAUCCCAUAGCUUGGCAUAUGGAGGGUCCGCCGACAUGUUCGAUGAGUAUCUCGCAAUGCGGCGAGACGACGGCAACGAGUGCCUGAAGAAUUUCUGUCAGGGCGUGCGAGAGAUAUUUGGGGAGCACUACCUUCGCUCGCCGGACGCCAGAAUCGACUGGCCUUCCUACUGGAUUGGCACUUGGAGGACCCACGGCUUUCCGGGGAUGCUCGGCAAGCAUCGAUCGUAUGCACCGUGUGCAUGGUGA